CCGCCCCUUCCACUUUGCCAGUCUAGCUUUCUGCGCAAAAUUCCUUUUCUUUCUCAAACAACUUUUCUAUAAUAAACUUACCUUCUUCAAUCCCAUCUUAUUAAGGCAAUUUGCCUUCCCACACUAUAUUUCCAAAUUUACCUUAAUCAAUUCCUUAGAAUGUGGGAACCAUAUUUUAUUAUUUACCCUCCCUCUCCCUCUCUCUCAAAUGCUGGGUAGAAAGUGUCUACCAGAUUCUCUGCUUUUUCAACCCUACCUUUGAAUCCCUCCAAAUUCUCUACACAUAUUCAAAGAUCACUGCAAUUGUAAUUGAAUGGGAUCUUUCGGUGGAUUAGGCAUUGCGCUGAGUUUGGUUUUUGGUGUCGUUCUAAUGGGGCUUGUUGCAAAGUUUUGUCAUCUGCUAUGGCGGAAGAAGAGAACAGUGUGUUCACGCAGCGCCAAAAUCGAAAAUCUGGAGAAAUUCUCGUUUCCUCUGUGUUGGAAGAAUUCAGAUUCCGGCAGCAGCAGAGAGCUGACGAAUUCGAUCAGAAGCCAGUUCGAACAGGAAGACGUGGAAGCGGGGGUGAAGGCGAAGGGUUACGGCGAGGAAGGGGUGGAAUCGGAGUUGAUGAGAUUGCACAACCUGUGCGGACCGCCGCGAUUCCUGUUCACGAUCAAAGAGGAGAGCAGGGAGGAUUUGGAAUCGGAGGAUGGGAAAUCGAGAAUCAGCAACCGCUUGAGCUUCGGCAUCGGCAGCCCUAUCCCGUCGCCGGCGUUUAGGGCUUCCAAUUUGUGGAGCGGCGAGGCGGAGCUCAACAGAUUGCGAUCCUCGCCGCCUCCGACGUUCAAGUUCUUAAAGGAUGCAGAGGAUAAAUUCGUGAGGAAGCAGGAAGCGGAGAAGUCAAGAGAAAGAAGUCGAUGAUGCUCCGUUUGUUAAGCUUAGCAAAGCGGCGGCGGUGCAGGUGAUAAAUCCCUAGAUUGCAUUCAUUUAGGUUUCUAUUCAUUCCACUUUUUUCUCUCUUGUAUAUCUUGAUUGAUUCCAAUUAAUUUUGAUUCUCUUCAAAUUUGUUUAUUUUAUUGGAUCCACCCAGAUGAGGAUUUCAAUCUUUUCAGGUUUUCUACU